AUGAUGCAGGCGGAGAUGGAGCUCAUGGAGAGCAUCAAGCUGAACGAACGCAAUGUGGCCACGGUGAACGCCCGCAUCAAACACUUCAAGGAGUUGGUCGCACAAGAGCGCGCACGUUACAAGGCGUUGAAGGGCGCGCUGGCGGAGGAUGCCAACGAGCUUCAGAACCUUGAGGAGAAACAAGUUGUUGCCGAAGCCAAGCAUCGACAAUUCCAAGACGCUGUGGCGCAGCGGGAGAGUGAAGUGCAGGUGCUGCGCUCGCGGUUUCAGCAGCAGCGAGCCGCUAUGCUGAGCUUGAGGCACCAGAUCAUGGAAUCUACUGCUCAGCUGCAGAAGUUGUCCCAGUCUAAAGAGGUUGUGGAGAUGGAGACACACAAACUUGGUGCCGCCUUGGGUGAGUGCGCCGAGCCGACGGAACAGCGGACUUCACGUCAGAAGCUCCGCGCGAAGAUCAGAUAUACUCAGCAAUUCAUCGCCCAAAUGGAGGAAGAGACAAGUCAACUUGUGGAAAAGAGGACCACGCUCGAAGCCGAGGUGCUGAAGUGCGAGCAGGAGGCUCACAAACUGCGCGAGUCAAUCUUCUACAAAGAGAAAGAAACCGAGGUCUUGUUCAGUCGUCUGCGCGAGGACACUCUCCGUGUUGCCCGAGAAAACGGGAAGUUGGAAGGCAAGCUGAAAGCCAAGCGCAGAAAGUUUCGACUGAAGACGAAAAACGAGAUCAGCUCACUCAAACGCAGAAUCUCCUUCAUCACAUCUGAGCUCGAACGAGGUCAGAUGACGAAUGAGGAUGCGCUGUCUGUCAUUGACGCGCUUAGUGCCAAGCGCGAGGCACUGGAAGGGAGGUAUGCCUGUCCUAAUCUUUCCUAUGCUCGCUUUGUUUUGACCGUUCACGCAACUUAUCUCGGUCAGGCUCCAAGAGCGUAA